GUGUGUGUGUGUGUGUGUGUGUGUGUUCAGUGUGUUUCUGGUCACAGAGCAGAAGAAGCCGUUGCGAUGCUGAAAACCUUCUACAAACAGGAGAAUCCUAACGCUCCAAAACCCAAAGCAAGGAAGGACUGAGCCCACAAG